CAGAAAGGAGGCUCUGCUCAUAACUGCGGUCAGCUGAAGGUGGGUCAGAUCAUCCUGGAGGUCAAUGGCAUUUCCCUGAGAGGUCGGGAGCACAAAGAUGCUGCCAAGAUCAUAGCCGAGGCCUUCAAGACCAAAGAGAAGGACCACAUUGACUUCCUGGUUGUUGAUCCAGGACUUUAGAAUCAGCAGUUUAUGCCGCUUGGCUAAAGAAGACACUAUUUUAUUGCUUUGAAGGAACCGUAUCAACUACACAUAAAUGUCUAAUAAUCAUGGCCCUCAUUUUAAUUUCAGGCAAAGGAUUGGUGGAAAUAUAUUUGCUCAUUGCACUUUACAGAGAUUUAGAAAGAAAAGGCUAUAACACUAAUAUUUGCCAAAAACAGUCUUUUGCUUGUGUUUCAUUAGUUUUCAAACCCUGAAUGUUUUUGUAUGUUUCACCACGUGGUCUAGAUUAGUACUGAUAGUGUGGUUGUCGAACCAAAUAAUAUGCCAAAUGUAUUGCUGUCAGUAAAGUCAGCUUUCAAGUUCAAGUCAUAAAACACAUUUUCACUCCCGGACAAUCAAAAACGGAUGUUUGGUCAGCUGCCUUUGGCGUUAGUUACUGAUGCAACAAAUGUCCCGUAGCGUCUCAAUCAGACCCAGGGGACGUCAUUUUUCAACACGUUAGGUUGAAAAAUGACCUAGUGGCCCCUGGCCUGGGGCUGCAGGGUAAAACCAAUUAGUUAAAGUUAGGGAAGGUUUGUGGGUGAAGUUAAAACUGUUCAUUUGACACACAAACCAUGGUUGCCUGGAUGGAAGUCCUUUGUUUUCUUUACUUUUGUUUAUUCAGGGAAAGUUCAUUGAGAAGAAGCCUCUCUUUUGCAGAGAUGCCCUGAUCACAUUCACACAAUUCAUACCUGGAAGCUGUCCAGUAAAUCCACACUCUGAUCUGCUGGCCACUGAGCAGCUCCACUGGAGCGGUUUGGGUUAAGGCCCUAAGUGAUUUCACUGUCCCCACCCAGAUUGAUCCAGUCGGUCCAAGAAUUGAACCAACGACUUCCUGCUCACAAACUUGCUUCUCUAACCUUUAAUUUAGACUGCCCUGUCGGCCUGUGUUGUUUGACCCAUCCACCACCCCAACAUACCUGCUUACGCAGAUUUUCAGUCUUUCACACUACUUGGUACUGUUGUCGCUCCUCAUACUACAUCAUCUUGCACAGGCUAAAGGGUACUUUGUGUGUCAGUAUCUGACACUGAGAGCCACUUACCAAGCAUCAGUAUUUGAAAAGUUGGUAGUGAGAAUGAGUUGGUUAAAUACUUUAUUUAAAAAAAAAAACAUUGAACAUGAAGUCAUGACAACAACAAACUUAACCAGACAUGUUAUAAACAAGCAAGCAUUUUAGUCAGAUUAGCUACUUCUUUGGAGGGUAAAAGUGAGCACACCAAAAACAAUGUUCAAUAAUGUACACUUUCACUGACAUUUUGGGUGUGUUUACUUUUAGUUUUACAUUUCAAAUAUGUUGUUUACAAUUUGUCUAAUCCCCUCCCCACUAAUGUUUCUUGACCUGUAGCACUUCUUUUGACGUCACAACAUUCUGAGAUGUCAACAAUUAAUUGGUUGUGAACAUAAACAGAACUAUCAAAAAUGGUGGAUAAAGCCUAAGUUAUAAAAAAAAACAAAAAAAACCCACCAUUUUUCUUUAAACAAAUUUGACCUCAACUGGCAGAGAAAACCAAUCAUUUCAUAAAUAAAACCUCUGGUUGAAGUGUAAUAAAAAAUGUAAGUGUUCAAUUCAACAGGUUUGCUUACUAGCUAAGCCAGAUCAGUGUUCCUACUGUAGUAAGUAUUAGACUUCAUACUGUUAGCGAGAGCUUUGGUCAAUUGGUAAUUAUACAUUAGUUUGGCUUUGCACAUUUGAGGUUUCAUUAAAACCUUUGAUGAGUUAUUAUGGAAGUGUAAUUCACCUGAUCAAUCAAUGACACCUGACUGUCAACUAGUUACAAUUUCCAGACAUAUCAAAACAAACUAUCUUACAUAUUGUAUAUCAUUCUCAUAUCUCAACCAGCUUAUCAAGGCAAAAUGACUUAACACUACAGUGUGUCCCUAUAUAUUAUAUAUUAUAUAUAUUAAGCCAUAAAAGAAGCGUUUAUUAAGAGGAUUUACUGAAUUGAAGCCUUUGAUUCUUUAAUCAACUACUAACUAAUCAACUAAUCACUUUUGGAAAUUAAAUCGCAAACAAAUGUAUACAUUAGCAGCUCCUUUACAUUGAUCAAAUGAAAUGAAAUGAAAAUGAAAAAAAGCAAUAUGCCCCUUUUGUAACAUCUCUUUAGUAUUUAUCAAGAUUACCAUAUGUUCAAUAGUUUUUACACGUUUAUGAUAUUAUAGUUUGUAUAUAUUGUAGAUUGAAAUGACUACAUAACUUUUUAUUAUAUGAAAUAGUUUAAAGCAGAAUAAAAAAAAAAUAUAUAUAUAUAUAUAUAUAUAUAUAUAUAUAUAUAUAUACACACACACACACACACACACACUUAGAUUAGAAUACUACUUCACAAUCACAUAUUUUAUUUUAUGCCCACCCAAAUAGCUUGAAGUGCAAGGUGUGCCAUUACUAUAUGAAAUCACAUCCAAACACCUGCAACAACAUUGAUGUUGAUCUCCACAACACAGUGAAGAAAAAUGAAGGUCCUACUUUGUCCAUGAACAUAUCUUGCACUCUGUGGGAUGCUGAUGAGUUCUGACACUCCGUAAUGAAUCCGUGAUUUGCUAGUGCACUGUACCGGAAAUACUGAUCAGAUCAGAGUAUCCAGUAUGUAUUAACAUUCAGUAUACAGUGGGUGUAAACCUCUGCUGUAAAAGGCCAGAGAGAAAAGACAGUGGUAUAUGUGACUUUUUCUGGUCUUUUUCCUCAAAAACGUUCCCUUGUUCGAUAGGGCUGAGAAAUGUUUCAGUAACUGUAACCAUGAUCCAAAGUACUACAGUAGAGCCAAGUAAUCCAAAUUAAGAUAAUAGUAGUAAAUGCUUUCAAAAGUGUAUUUUGGGCAAAUAGUUAUUAUAUUUUUGUAGUCUAAUGACACAGUUCCACUACAUUGAGAUAAUAGUGAAUUGUAGGAGUUUAGUGAUUAGAUGUAUGUGUAAUGCAACACUAAAGUGUCUGGAUUCAGGGAUGAAGUGAUGGUGAGAAUAUUGUGCUAUUUACAUGAUGUGUACAUUAUACUUUUUUUUAUAUUUUUGUGACUGCCAACUUUUCAAAAAUAUAUAUCUUGUACAGAAAAGGCUGCACAUAGAUUCAUAGAGAUGAACUGAAUAUACAGUAAAUGCUGAGAGGUUAGAGAAUUUUUGUUAAAUAUAAUUAUGUAACCCCUUUGUGGCUGAUGUAACUGCUAACAUCUCCUUUGUGUUUCCCUUCCUACACCCUAUCACAGCUGUCUCACCACAAAAAUAUCCUCCCGAACAAGUCACUUAUUCUUGUAUUGGUUCUUCCAAUUUCCUUUUAAAUGGCAAAAAGAGUGAAAUACUUUCAAAUAUCCCCUCAAACAGAUUGUCUUCAAUACACAAUAAAAACUCUUUAAAGCAU